AUGAUCGAUUCCGGAUGUAGCGAUCACGAAGUGCGCAAGCUGAAACAGCCAUUUGUUGUCGACGUUGCCAAUGACGGAGUUUCACUAAUCGGUGAGUACAGAAGGCGUCGUGAGGGUACCACUAAAGAAGGUGUGCGGUUUGAAAUGAAAAACGUGGUUUUCUUGCCUGAUUUGAGAGGUAAUCUGCUGUCGGUGAAAAAGUUGUCAAAAGCUGGCAUCGAUGUGCUCUUCACGCGACAAAGUGGUACGGAGAAGGCUGUAAUGAAACACACGUGCGUUCUUGGGAAGCAAUGCAGAGAACCAUUCGACGGUACUCGAGCGCGAGCAACGCGGCCUUUAGAGAGGGUGCAUUCCGAUGUGUGCGGACCAAUUGAUCCCCCGGCAUGGGACGGCUCCAGAUAUUUUGUGUCGUUCAUCGACGACUUCACACACUUCGCCGUUAUUUAUCCAAUCAAGAAAAAGUCAGACGUAUUCGAUCGCUUCCAAGGAGUAUGA